AUGACGAUCGGUGCGUUCGGUGAAAUGGAAGAGCAAAAAGGUAGAAGGGGCGCCACAGAAAAUUCUGUAUCCAAAUUCGAAACAUAUUUUAAAAAUGCUUCUGAUAUGGCAGCUCUUGCUGGUGAGGAAAUCAGAAUACCUCGUUUAUGUGGACGUCAAACAACACGAUGUAAUAUUCAAACGACUGAUCCAAUAGAAUGGUAUAGGAUAACCAUUUUUUUACCUUUUAUUGAUCAUUUAAUUUCCGAACUAAAAUUAAGGUUCAAUGAAAAGUUAAGUGAAGUAAUGCCUUUAGAAGGAUUGAUUCCUACACAUAUUGAUAAAUAUGAUGAAUCAAAUAUUAUUAAAGCUGCGAUGAUAUAUAGUGAAGAUUGGUCAGGUCAAAAAUUGGAUAUACAAUCAGAAAUAUCAAUCUGGAAGAAAAAGUGGCACAAUAUUCAAACUAUGAAACCCGAUACGGUGAUCGAAACAUUAAAACACUGUGAUGAAUUUUUUCCUAUCAUUAAAACAUUAUUACAUUUAUUGGCUACCAUACCAGUUACUACAGCUAGUGCAGAAAGAAGUUUCUCUUCAUUAAGACGCCUAAAAAAUUAUUUGAGGUCAACCAUGGGACAGGAGCGUUUAAACGGUUUAGCUAUUUUAAACAUUCAUAAAAACAUACCUAUAAAUAUUGAUGAAGUAAUUAAUAUAUUUUCAAGAUCAUCUAGAAGAAUAAAAACGGAGGAUUGGUCAAUUUAA